AUGAAGUUCGUCAAAAAGAAACUUGCUUGCUUCCAACAUUCUCGAGUAUCAGGAAUGUUUAACUGUGGAAUUUCAUUAUCCAAUUAUUUCAAGGUUAAAGGACUAUCGCCAGAGGAACUGGAGACACGCGGUGAUUUGGUGCUUAUGCUAUCAGAGAGAAUUCAGGCAAUACCUGAUGGGAGUACAGAUGCAGCCAAAAGAACAGGAGGUUUUGGGACUUCAUCAUUCAACAAAAAUAUUAAAUUUGACUCAGAUGGACAGUUCGACGAUGGUUUCUACCAGCAAACUGCAGAGGCCACUCAUUUUAGAGAAGAGUACGAGAUGCGGAAAAUGAAACAGGAUGAAGGGUUAGAUAUUAUUUCAGAAGGACUAGACACACUGAAAAAUUUGGCUCGUGAUAUGAACGAGGAAUUGGAUAGGCAAGUUCCUUUGCUUGACGAAAUUGACACAAAGGUGGAUAAAGCAACCACCGAUAUCAAAAGCAAUAAUGUCAGACUCAAGGAAAACAUUAACAAGAUAAGGUCCAGCAGUAACUUCUUUAUCGAUAUAAUACUUAUCUGUAUCUUUCUUGGAAUUGUCGCCUACCUUUACAAGUGA